CUCAAUGUCUAGGGACUGCCUACAGAUGUCAUAUAUUGCCGUCAUUUUAAUCAGCUUCCAGAAACCGCCAUGGAAGAAGAAUGCUCUGCCGAUGUAGCUCAGCUACUGCAAGCUGCUACUGAGUUCGCUUAUCAUCCCGGUCCGAAUUCUGAUGCUUCUGCUCGAGAAUUCCUUUGCUUCUUCCCUCUUCCUGCCAUUAUCAAUGCCUUGCAAACGAAAUCCGAUUAUCCCGCCCUGGAGAAAGCUUUGGUUGAUUGUCUGGAAAGGGUUUUCAGGACCAAAUAUGGAGCAUCUCUGAUCCCAACUUUCAUGCCUUUCGUUGUCGUUGGUCUGGGGGCACCAUCUCAGAAUGUUAGGCAUUUAGCAUGUAUCACAGUGGCUCGCCUUUUGGAUAAUGCUGAUGCAACUACUGGCACACAUCUCAUUCUUCAGCAUGAUGUAUAUCCUUUAUUGCUUACUUGCCUCAUUGAUGGGGAUGAGCAAGUUGCAACAGCAGCUAUGGAUGCAAUUAAGAAUUUGGCUGGGUUUUCAAGAGGCGUGGAUAUCAUCUUUCCUAGAAAUAGCCGGGGGACACAACUUGGGGACUUGGCUCUGAAAUGUACUUCACUGGGUCGAGUUCGAGUUUUAGCGUUGAUUGUGAAGUAGGGACCACUAGGAAAGCUUGCAAAAACUGUAGUUGUGGUCGAGCAGAAGCAGAAGCUUGCUGUUUUGGCCAACGGGUUUUUCAUCUACAUCCACAUUGAAGUCAACACAAAUUUUAUUCCAUUGCAAGUUAAAGUUGUUCCAACCUUCAACUUGAGGGGGGGUGUUGGUGUAAUCAACCAUUUAGCAUUUG